CUUCCCCUCCUCCUCCUGUGGCCAUGGGCUAGCUAGAUGAAACAGUCAGUUCAGUGAGGCUCGUAGAACGGGCGAUCGGUUCCCUCCUUCUCUGGCAUUUUUUUUGUUUUGUUUUGUUUUCGUGUGUAUUUUUUUUUUUUUUUUGGUGUCGUCUAUGUGUGUGUCGGGGGGUGGGGCGGGGGGCUCGCUCGGGUUAUUGUGUGGCCUUGAUCGAGAGGUGGCAAGUGAUCUGCAAAGAAAGAGAGAGAGAAAAAAGGGACCAGAAUAAUAAUCGUUAAUAAUAAUAAAAAAAAGAGGGGGGAGGGAGAGGGAGGCCAAGGAGAAUAAAAGGAGGCUGGGCUGCUUUGCAUUGAAGAUCGGGGCGCUAUUGAAAAGCUUUUGAAAAGUGGUGUUUGUCUUCCACCCGUGCGUGCUUCGACUGGGGGAGUAUAUUAGAGCCGGACAGCGGCUGCAAGAGCAGCAGCUUGGGAGCGUCUCUGAGCGAAGGAGGCUGUGCAGGAAAGAGGCAUGCUUUUAUCAAAGAGACCGCAGCUCACGGAGUUUUCCUUAAGUCUUCUUCUUGCUCUGUUAUGUUUGCGAGUCAAGGUGACGCUAACGUCAGGCCAAUUCGAGUUUGAGAUCUUGUCCAUGCAAAAUGUAAAUGGUGAAUUGCAAAACGGAAAUUGCUGUGAUGGGACCCGAAACCCAGCUGAUAGAAAAUGCACCAGAGAUGAGUGUGAUACCUAUUUUAAAGUUUGCCUGAAGGAGUAUCAGUCCCGGGUUUCUUCUGGGGGCCCUUGUAGCUUUGGAUCCGGAUCUACCCCUGUCAUCGGUGGGAAUACCUUCAACUUAAAAGCCAGUCGGAAUAACGAAAAGAACCGAAUUGUUCUUCCUUUCAGCUUUGCUUGGCCGAGAUCCUACACAUUGCUUGUUGAGGCCUGGGAUUACAGUAACGACAGUGUUAAUACAGAUAGCAUUAUUGAAAAAGCAUCUCACUCUGGUAUGAUCAACCCAAGCCGCCAGUGGCAGCCCUUGAAGCAAAACGCAGGCGUGGCUCACUUUGAGUAUCAGAUCCGGGUCACUUGUGAUGAACACUAUUAUGGCUUUGGCUGCAACAAGUUUUGUCGACCAAGAGAUGACUUCUUUGGACACUAUACCUGUGAUCAAAAUGGCAACAAAACUUGCCUGGAAGGCUGGAUGGGCAUUGACUGUAACAAAGCCAUCUGUCGACAGGGUUGUAGCCCCAAACAUGGGACUUGCAAAAUUCCUGGAGAGUGCAGGUGUCAGUAUGGAUGGCAAGGCCAGUACUGCGAUAAGUGCAUUCCUCACCCCGGCUGUGUCCAUGGCACUUGCAAUGAACCAUGGCAGUGCCUCUGUGAGACCAACUGGGGUGGCCAGUUCUGCAACAAAGAUCUGAACUAUUGUGGGACCCAUCCACCUUGUUUGAAUGGAGGUACCUGCAGCAAUACUGGUCCUGACAAAUAUCAGUGCUCCUGUCCAGAAGGUUACUCGGGACAGAACUGCGAAAUUGCGGAGCAUGCCUGUCUUUCGGAUCCUUGCCACAAUGGAGGAAGCUGCCAUGAAACCUCGACGGGAUUUGAGUGUGUCUGUGCUCCAGGCUGGGCAGCACCAACAUGCACACUCAAUAUUGAUGACUGUUCUCCAAAUCCCUGUGGCCAUGGAGGGACUUGCCAAGAUCUAGUGGAUGGCUUUAAAUGUGUUUGCCCACCUCAGUGGACUGGUAAAACAUGUCAGAUAGAUGCGAAUGAAUGUGAGGGUAAACCUUGUCUGAAUGCCAACUCCUGCAGGAACCUGAUUGGCAGCUACUACUGUGACUGCACUGCUGGCUGGUCUGGCCAGAACUGUGAUAUAAAUAUUGAUGACUGUCUUGGGCAAUGUCAGAAUGGAGGGACUUGUAAGGACUUGGUGAAUGGUUAUCGAUGUGUCUGCCCACCUGGCUUUGCAGGGGAUCAAUGUGAGAGAGACGUCAAUGAAUGUGCAAGCAACCCUUGUUUGAAUGGAGGUCACUGCCAAGAUGAAAUCAAUGGAUUCCAGUGUCUCUGCCCUGCUGGAUUCUCAGGAAAUGUCUGUCAGUUGGACAUAGAUUAUUGUGAGCCCAACCCUUGCCAGAAUGGGGCCCAGUGCUUCAAUUAUGAAAGUGAUUACUUCUGCAGCAACUGUCCUGAGGAUUACGAAGGAAAGAACUGCUCACACCUGAAGGAUCACUGCCGCUCUACUCCAUGUGAAGUCAUUGACAGCUGUACGGUAGCGGUGGCUUCGAACAGCACACCUGAAGGCGUUCGUUACAUCUCGUCCAACGUUUGUGGCCCACACGGCAAGUGCAAGAGUCAGGCGGGAGGCAAGUUCACUUGCGAAUGCAACAAAGGCUUCACCGGCACCUAUUGUCAUGAAAACAUCAAUGACUGUGAGAGCAAUCCAUGUAAAAACGGUGGGACGUGUAUCGAUGGCAUCAACUCCUACCAAUGCAUUUGUAGUGAUGGGUGGGAAGGCACCUUCUGUGAAGCAAAUAUUAAUGAUUGCAGUAAAAACCCUUGCCACAAUGGAGGGACAUGUCGAGACUUGGUCAAUGAUUUCUUUUGUGAAUGCAAAAACGGCUGGAAAGGAAAAACCUGCCACUCGCGUGACAGCCAGUGCGAUGAAGCCACAUGCAACAAUGGAGGGACAUGUUAUGAUGAAGGAGAUGCCUUCAAGUGUAUGUGCCCUGCAGGAUGGGAAGGAGCCACUUGCAACAUAGCCAGAAACAGCAGCUGCCUGCCAAACCCCUGUCAUAAUGGUGGGACUUGUGUGGUUAGCGGAGAUUCCUUUACGUGCGUCUGUAAGGAGGGCUGGGAAGGACCUACUUGCACUCAGAAUACAAAUGAUUGCAACCCACACCCUUGCUAUAAUAGUGGAACGUGUGUGGAUGGAGACAACUGGUACCGUUGUGAGUGUGCUCCGGGUUUUGCAGGCCCAGACUGCAGGAUAAAUAUCAAUGAAUGCCAGUCCACACCCUGUGCUUUUGGAGCCACAUGUGUAGAUGAAAUCAAUGGAUACCGUUGUAUCUGUCCACCUGGUCGCAGUGGUCCAAGAUGCCAGGAAGUUUCAGGAAGGCCUUGUAUUACCAGUGGGCAUAUUAUUCCAGAUGGAUCUAAAUGGGAUGACGAAUGCAACAGCUGCCAGUGUUUGAAUGGAAAGGUCACCUGUUCCAAGGUCUGGUGUGGACCAAAGCCUUGCCUGCUGUCCACCAAAGGUCACAGUGAAUGUCCUGCAGGCCACACCUGUCACCCUAUUAAAGAUGACCACUGCUUUGUACGUCCCUGCGAUAACAUUGGGGAAUGUUGGCCUUCAAAUCAACAGCCAGUGAAAACGACGUGUAGUUCUGACUCAUAUUAUCAGGACAACUGUGCUAAUAUCACAUUCACUUUUAAUAAAGAGAUGAUGACCCCGGGUCUUACCACCGAGCAUAUCUGUAGUGAGUUGAGGAAUCUGAGUAUCUUGAAGAAUGUCUCUGUGGAGUACUCCAUCUACAUCACCUGUGAACCAUCACACCUGGCGAACAAUGAAAUUCAUGUUGCAAUUUCUGCUGAAGAUAUACAAGAAGAAGAAAACCCAAUAAAAGAAAUAACUGAUAAAAUUAUCGAUCUUGUUAGCAAACGUGAUGGGAACAGCACACUUAUUGCAGCGGUUGCUGAAGUGCGGGUACAGAGACGGCCGACUAAAAACAAAACUGAUUUCUUGGUUCCGUUAUUGAGCUCUGUUUUAACAGUGGCUUGGAUCUGUUGCCUGGUGACUGCCUUUUACUGGUGCAUUCGGAAGCGCCGAAAGCAGAGCAGUCACACGCACACGGCGUCCGACGACAACACCACUAACAACGUACGGGAGCAGCUGAAUCAGAUCAAGAACCCCAUUGAGAAACUUGGCGCCAAUGCCGUCCCAAUCAAAGACUAUGAAAACAAGAACUCCAAAAUUGCCAAAAUAAGGACACACAAUUCUGAGGUGGAGGAAGAUGACAUGGACAAACACCAGCAGAAAACCCGAUUUGCCAAGCAGGCAACAUAUACGCUGGUAGACAGAGACGAAAAGCCACCCAACGGCACUCCUACCAAACACCCAAACUGGACAAACAAACAAGAUAACCGGGACUUGGAAAGUGCACAAAGUUUAAAUCGAAUGGAAUACAUUGUAUAGCAGACAGCAGGUGCUGCUGUGCAGGGCCUUUACCUAUCGAUUCAAGGCAACUCAGAGCUUGUAGUUCUUAAAACAGUUGUGUAAUAUUUGAGUCUAAGGCUAUUAUUUGCUUAGAAUCCCUGUGUUAAUUUAAGUUUUGACAAGCUGGCUUACACUGGCAAUGAUAGUUGCUGUGGUUGGCUGGAUGACCCAAGUGCUGCAUUUCACAUCUACGCAAAACUAGUCAAAAGUACCCCAGUGUCGAUUCAGCCACAGCCGAUGCAUCCCGGAAAAGUUUCGAAAGGUAUCGUGUAGCUUUAUUUAGCUGGUUUCCUGUAGCAAAAACACUUUUUCUUUCUUCUCUUGAGAUGUCAUGACUUACACAGUCUUAGGGAAAGAAAUACAUUUUAUUUAUUUAUUGAAUUAGAAUUCUUUUGUAUAUUGGUUUUAUGGUGACGUACAACUAGUUCUGUAUUUGAAAGUGCCUUUGCAGCUCAGAACCACAGCAACUAUCAAAAAAAGUUUAUUAUUUAUUUUUAUUGUAAUUUUUUCGUUGUUGCGGGGCAGAGGGAGGGAUGGGGGACUUCUUGUCAGCAGUUGCUGGUAAAAAAAAAUGAAGAAUUGAGAGGAAAAUGUGUCAAAAGUAGAAGUUUGUAUAGUUAUGUAAAUAAUUCUUUUUUUAUUAAUCACUGUGUAUAUUUGAUUUAUUAACUUAAUAAUCAAGAGCCUUAAAUAUCAUUCCUUUUUUAUUUAUAUGUACGUGUUUAGAGUUGAAGGUUUCUCAUAGCAUUGUAAGCUUAUGGCUUCUUUACUUUUUUGACUAUUUCCCCCCCUUGUUUAUAUGUUGCCUACAUGCCAAAACUUAAGGUGUUUUGAAAAUCAGUUUUUUAUUUUUAACAAUAGGAUGGGCUUUCAUGCCUUGAUGCUGGCUUUUUGUACAAUGUCAAGUGUUUUUGUUUUUGUUUUUUGAAAACAUCUUCCAUAGUAUCACUUUAAGACUUAUUUUGUUAAGUACCAGCUGAGGCAGUUUAGGACUAGAUGAGAUUUUUUUUUUUUUAAUGGCUGCUUUAGACAUAGUGGGUGGGGGAAGAAAGGAUGACAGGCAGAUAAUCUGCUACAGAGCAGUUUAAAAGAACACAAAAGAGCUAUAACCUUCUGUAGAUGAAAUGUGAGAGAUGUGAGUGGUUGCAUGUAAUUAAAAAUAUCGAAUUAGUGUGUGAAGUUGGAAGCACCAAAAUCUUAUUUUGUAAACUCUUGAUUUUUCCCCCCACCAUGAGUAAUACUGAACCACUUAUAGAUUUGAUUUCUUUCCUUUUGUAAUCUACUGUAUUUAGAAAGUAUUCCAAUAAGCUAGUUUUUGAAUACUUGAACAGUAGAAUGUCCAGUAAGAUCACUGUGUAGAUUUGCCAUAGAUUCCACUGCCCGCCUUAUUUUUUUUUUUAAGUGAGGAAAUCAAAGUGCUAUUACAAAGUUGGAAGAUCAGAAAUAAAAUUUAAAAAAGGUUUAAAACUUAGUAAUCUCGAUGGGUCAACCACUGAGAUCAUGAGGAUAUCUUGUAUGGUAAUAUUAGUGUUACAUGAACAUGAAAAUACAUCUCGGAUGUGUUAUUCCUGGCAAUAAAUCUUGAAAAAUAUUUAUUAAAUUUUUUUGUAUAAAAACGGCGUGAAGAUUGAGGUUCAUUGAGAUGCUUCCAACUUGAAUGUCACUCAAAAUAUUUUUUCUUUUUGCAGCAGUAGCUACUGUCUGGAAUAGGAGUAAGCAGUGCAAGGUCUAUUGGCCACAUUCAGUCCUCUGUGAUACUUUCCCGCCAUUUGCAGCUACUAUCAGGAGAUGACUUGCCCUUGGGCUAGUUUUCUACAGUGAUGGGCCAGAUGUGGACAGUAAGGCUUAUGCUACCUACCCCUAAUCCAGAAUGGGAGCUUCUAGGGCUGUGAACUUGAGUUGGCUGAUGUUGGGAUAUUCCUACUGAAGCUAAUGGGGCUACUCCAGCAUAAGUGUAUUGAAGAUACAUUUUUGGAAGCAAUGGUAGUUUAAAGCCCUAUUCCGUUAUAAUACGUAUACUUGUUCUUGUUGGCUGUCUGAGUACUUACUCAGAAGCUUGUACUAAAGACCACAAAAUAAAUGGAAUGGCCCCAGUUCCCUUUUGGUGGCUUUUGGCCUGGUUUCUCAUGUACUCCAUCAGCUUGAUUACUAGUUGUGUCUUUUACCCCAUCUUUCUUCCAUUAUGGGACUCGUUGAGGGACUGACUUGACGCAGCCAUACUUAACUUCAGCAGGUUGUGUUCCCUGGGCCUUCAGACCAUACCCUGAGACUGUUUAUUCCCUCAGCUGCCACCUUAGACAGGAAUUCUGGUCUCCAACCAGUUCAUAUUUAUCAUGGUAGGAAGCGCCAUGAGCCACAGUUACUCAUGCAUGUGUGUGUGAACAUGUGUGCAUGCUUCCCCUUCUAAAACCCUCUUUCUGAAACUGGACCUUCACUUGGUAUAUCUGAAUUUUGUACAGCUUUGAGCAAACUACACCAUAAGGAAAAUGAUAUCUUUCCAGCUUCACUCUCCAUGUUUGAUCCUUCUAGACCUGACAUGCAAAGAACUCAGAAUUGUGUCUGGUAGCGAUUUUCAUAUAGGCUGGAGUUGUGAAUUGUAAGAGGCUCUCAUUUAUGCUGUUUUACAGUUGUUGCACAUAAUCUGUGACUGUGUGUUAAGCCUGACGCUCAGGAUUGAAGGCCAGAGAGAGCGCAAACCAUAAGGCCUAAAAGCAGGCUUAACAGCCUUACAAUGGUAAGACUGAAACAGUGUGGAAACUUGUAAAGCAAAGAAAGCUGUAUGUGAGAUGAUGAACAUCUGCAGGUUACUGAAAAUAUCAUCUUCCUUUUUGCAAGUGUUCACUCGAUGCUGUUAAAGUUGCCUUCUGAUAACUUUUACACACUACCAUCUUUUUGAAUAUAUUUCUGUUGUACUGCUGUUUGACUACUGACAUACAGUUUUUCUUUGAUGGGCUUUAUAUGA